UUAUUUUCGGAUAUUUUCUUUUGUCAAGCUCUGCCUGGAUGUGAUCAGGUCCUGGAUCUGUGCCUGCCAGUAUGAAUUGACUUAUGUUUAAGCAUUUAUACAGCUGCAAUAUGUGUUUGAAAUGCCGUUAGAAUGUCUCAAGCACCAUCCAGCCAGAGAACAAUUCCUCAAAGCAAAGAGGCCCUGUUAAAGUCAUACACCAUCCGGCUGCGGGCAGACAUCAAGUCUAUGCUUGAUAGCUUUACAGAGAUCAUUCGUCUUGCAAGGGUAGAGGAAGACAGUCAGGUGUCCAGGAUAACUCAAGCGGAACAAGAUCAAUAUGAGAUGCAAGUGAGAGCCAGCAACAUAGUUAGAGCCGGAGAGUCCUUGAUGAAACUUGUCUCCGAUCUGAAAAUCUACCUCAUCUUGAACGAUUUCCCAUCGGUGAACGAAUCAAUCUCAAACAAUACACAAAUGUACAAGACUUUGCAAAACGAGAAUGACGCAAAACUGUUGACUGUCAGAGACGAUCUUGCGACUGAUUUGUAUGAACUUGAGGAUGAAUACUAUUCAUCCAUGUACAAAUAAUGU